UUUAUGUAUUGGCUCAGACGUGUACGUCGCUCGACCGCACUCAUUUUCUCUGGCUCUUCUUUACCGCCAGAUAGUCCGUUUUUGUGUGAGACAGAAACCUUUGAUUGAAAAAAAUGGCUGUUUCGACAUCUAUCAAAGCAUGGGAAACUGUGUUCGUAGCGUUGGGUUGCUUCAUGCUGGCAACACUUGUGUACACGAUCAUCACGGAUGGAUCGCCUUUCCGUAGCGAGCUCCUUACGCCGUGGCUGUCUGCGACUUUAGUGGACUUCUAUGUUAAUGUUGUUGCUAUUGCUGUUUGGGUUGCCUACAAGGAAUCAAGUUGGUUAAGUACAUGUUUUUGGGUAAUUCUUUUAGUAUGUUUUGGCAGCAUUAGCACAUGCGCUUAUAUAGUGAAGCAACUUUUCAGUAUAUCAGGUCAAGAUUCUUCACAAGAUCCUCUACAACUUGUGCUAUUGAG